AUGUUUCAAGCGCUGCAACGACGAUCAACGAAAUUGGGUGCACGGUUACAGCAUGUUAGUAGACAAACACCGAGCACAUUAAGCACCAGAUACUAUGCUGCCUCCAGCAACGAUGGAAAUAACGACAGCAAAAGCAGCAAAAGUAGCGAUUUUGCCGAUCAGGUAGAAGCUAACAAAGAUAAUCCCAUCUCGCGAACGCUAAAACUUCUCGGCAACGAUGCGCAGCGUGUGAAAAAGUUCAUCCUACCGAGCUCCUUUACGAAGAAAAGUUCCUCCAAGGACAGUUCAUCGGAAUCGGUCGAAAAUUAUCUGCAAAGGUAUCGGAGGGAUGACUUUCAAACGCACUGUGACGUUCUGGUUAUCGGUGGUGGUGGCGUAGGCUCAUCCAUUGCCUACUGGCUGAAGAAACGGGCCCGCGAAGGCCUAAACGUGGUAGUGGUGGAAAAGGAUUCAACCUACGCACAAGCUUCUACCUGCCUAUCGGUUGGUGGACUUCGGCAACAAUUUUCCAUCGUCGAAAACAUUCAGAUGAGCCUGUUUGGGGCAGAUUUUAUGCGCAACAGCAAGGACUAUCUUGGCGAGGACGUCGAUUUAAACUUUACUCCACACGGAUACCUACUGCUGGCGAGUGAAGCUGGCGCCGAACAGUUGGAACAAAACUCCAAGCUACAGUGUGCACUCGGUGCGAAAAAUGAGCUUUUAACGGCAAGCCGAUUAAAGCAACGCUUCCCGUGGAUGAACACAGAAGGCAUUGCUCUCGGUUGCCAUGGGCUGGAGAAGGAAGGAUGGUUUGAUCCGUGGGCACUGCUGUCCGGUUUUCGGAAGCGGGCGAUCGAGUACGGUGCCCACUUUGUCGAGGCGGAAAUGGUUGGCUUUGGCUUCCAGCAGCAGCCGGACAUUUUGGCCGAAGGUAUCGAGGAGGGUGCGUACGAAGGUAUUAACCGAGCGUUCGUUAAGAUGAAGGAUGGGGAGAUGCGCGAGAUAAAGUUUGCGAUUGCGAUCAUUGCUGCCGGUGCGCAGUCAGGUGCGAUUGCACGAAUGGCACGGAUUGGCACGGGGAAAGGGAUGCUUUCGAUACCGCUGCCAGUGGAACCGAGAAAGCGGUACGUUUAUGUGUUUCAGUGCGAAGGAGACCAGGGUCCGGGAAUUAAUACACCGCUUACGAUCGAUCCGAGCGGAACGUACUUUAGGCGGGAUGGAUUGGGCGGUCACUAUUUGGGUGGCAAAAGCCCACUGCCCGAGGAGGAACCGGCGGUCGAUAAUUUGGACGUUGAUCAUGGAUUUUUCGAACGGACCGUGUGGCCCAAUUUGGCCCAUUUGGUGCCAAGUUUCGAAGCGAUAAAGAUGAAAAGUGCAUGGGCGGGCUAUUAUGAGUUUAAUACGUUCGAUGAGAAUGGUAUCGUUGGACCGCAUCCGUACUACAACAAUCUGUACAUUGCGACCGGAUUUAGUGGGCAUGGCAUUCAACAAACUCCUGCCGUAGGACGAGCCAUUUCGGAAAUGAUCAUAGACGGUGGGUUCCGGUCAGUGGACUUGACACGCUUCGGGUUUGAUAGGAUCAUCAUCGAUCAACCGAUGUACGAGGCCAACAUUUUCUAGUCACGUGUCAUGUAUGCAAAGCUAUUGAUUGUUAGAAUCAUUGA